UCUCGUUCGCUCACCUUUGCCAACAACCACGCUCAAGGUCGAAAUAUGGCGGGAAAGCAAAAACUUGGGUUUGCAGAAAAUUUUGCUUUGGGUGGUCUGGCAGCUGUGAUAUCCAAGACAGUAGCUGCUCCUCUGGAACGUGUUAAACUUCUCCUCCAAAACCAAGAUGAAAUGAUCAAGGCUGGUCGGCUGGAUAAACCUUACAAUGGGAUGAUCGACUGCACAAAACAGAUCUACUAUAAUGAGGGCGUUAUCCCAUUCUGGCGUGGUAAUGUUGCAAAUUGCAUCCGUUACUUCCCAACCCAGGCGUUGAACUUUGCCUUCAAGGAUAAGAUUCAUUUGUUGUUCAAAGAUUCUCCAACUGAUACGUAUGCCUGGAAGUUCACGAAGAACAUAUUCUCUGGGGGUGUGGCUGGUGGCAUGUCCCUGUGCGUCGUGUAUUCUCUAGAUUAUGCCAGAACGAGGUUAGCUAACGAUGCUGUCAAGGAAGGAAGCGAAAGACAAUAUAAGAACUUGAGGGAUGUGUACAAGCAAACACUGAAAACUGAUGGAAUCCGUGGUCUCUACCGUGGAUUUGGCGUGUCAGUAGUGGGUAUCAUGGUGUACCGUGGCUUCUACUUUGGUCUCUACGAUAGCUUCAAACCCAUCCUCCUCAGCCCUGAUGCAGGAUUCCUCCUGAGAUUUGGCGUGGCCUACUGUGUGACUAUAGCUGCCACCAUGCUGUCCUAUCCAUUCGACACAAUUAGGAGGCGGAUGAUGAUGAAGUCAGGUGAGGCUGUGAAAUACAAGAGUUCAUUCGAUGCGGCCAGGCAGAUUAUCAAACACGAGGGCAUACAGUCCUUCUUCAAAGGCAACCUGGCCAAUAUCUUGCGUGGUGUGGCAUGUGCUGGAGUGCUCGCUGGCUACGACAUGUUUGAGAAAUGGUGGAUAGCUUAUAGGUUUGGAGAUAUGGCCUCUUAGGUAGCAGUAACAAGCGGGUGAAUCGGUGAAGCAAAGGUUUUUACUUGUUCAGUCACUGACUGAUACAGGGAAAGCAACAAGAUUUUCACUUAUUAUAAUUCAUGACGGAAGUGUUAAAUGUUAGUGCAGGAAUGUUUACAGACUAGUAAUAGUUACAAGUUCUAGAAAAAAUGCCACUGUAAAAAGUGCAAAUCUAAUAAUUUCUUUGAUGAUAUAUAUAU